AUGCCACCAAGAUUCUCUACUGUUUCUUCUGCAGCCUUAACUGUGCGCCAGAUCACCCGUGCUCUCUCAAGCACCGCCACAUUCUCCCAUGCAAAACCAACGCGUUUUGCUGUGGCCCGAUACCCCACUACCCAGCCACGGGCCGCUCUGACACCACUUACAACUAUCCGAUUCCAUGGCCAUCUUCAUAAACCCAAGCCCGGUGAGGAGCUCCAUGUUACCUUCAUUACCAAAGACGGCACUCAGAAUACAUACGAGGUAGCUGCUGGUGAUAACCUGCUCGACAUUGCACAGGCAAACAACCUCGAUAUGGAAGGUGCUUGUGGUGGCUCCUGCGCGUGCUCCACUUGCCACGUAAUUGUCGACCCAGAUUAUUACGAUAUUAUGGAAGAACCUGAUGAUGAUGAAAACGAUAUGCUUGAUCUCGCAUUCGGCCUCACUGAAACAUCCCGUCUCGGAUGCCAGAUUGUAAUGUCUAAAGAGCUCGACGGUCUGCGUGUUGCUCUCCCUGCUAUGACCCGCAAUCUUCAAGCCAGAGACUUUGAGAAGCGAUAG